GCCCUCACGUAGGUCUCGUACUGGACCUGGGCGGCUUUACUAGAGGCGCUGGGGAAAGUGUUGCGGCUCCCCAAGGUUCAGAAGUUCCUGUUUCUCCAUAAUUCAUGAAGCCAAAAAACUAUAAAUCUAUCCAGGAAAAGAAACUACCUAUAUGUAGGUUUUAAAGGGCCGUCUCGCUAAGUAGAAAGGAGCCGAGACUCCGGUAGUUUCUUCCACUCCCCCCAAUCACAGGAUGUAUGGUACUUCCCAACUCUGGGUUGCUGGUCGUUGGGGGCGGGCCUUUGCAGACAACGUAAGCUCCAAUUGGUGGAGUUUGAAAGCAAGUAGGACGGACCCUGGAUUGGCGCGAUCCGUGAACUUUAUGUCGGCCUGGGAAGCGGGAGCUGCUUUAGCUGGUGUCAUAGGAAUGGAUGAAAUUGUUGCUGAGUUUAUCAGGAGGACUAUCUUGAAAAUCCCAGUUGCUGAAAUAGGGAAAAUCCUGAGAAUAUGGAACUUUAUCCCAGAAAGUCAGCUGAAGACCAUAAACCUUAAACAAUGCAAGGAAAAUGUCUCUCAAGAUGUGGUUGAGCUUUGUAAGAAGAAACGUGCCAGUAUGAAAGAAGCUGCAAUUUUAGACAUAAUUUAUCAUCAAACUUGCCAAAUCAAGAAAAUUUGGACUGUUUAUAAAAUGACGAAAGCCCCAGGUGAAGAGGUUGACCUUUCUGAUAUGGAAGAGUUUAAAGAUUCUUUUAAGAAAGUUCUUCAAAGAGCCUUAAAAAACGUGCAUAUCAGCUUCAGAGACAGUGAGGAUACUGCGGUAUGGAUUCGAAUUGCCUGGGGAACACCUUACAUGAAACCAAACCAGUACAAAACUACCUACAUGGUGUAUCAUUCCCAAACUCCUUUUGUCUUCAUCUCUCACUGCCGGAUUAAGAAGUACAUCCCAGAGCUCUGGCAGGCACUGAUGACUGCUGGCAAUUACCAUAAGAUCCAACAAAUGGAACUCCGAAGCCUAUAUCUGGAUUCUCUUAAGGCUAUUGUUUUUAAACAGUAUAAUCAGGAUUUUCAAACUUACUGCCUUACAUCUUUAGAGGAAGAAAACUCUGAGGUUGAAAUAGUGGAUCCAAGGAUUAUUCAUGAAAAUAUGAAAGAAAAGGAAAGAAUCCAAAGAGUGACACGGGAGACUUUUGGGGAUUAUGUCCAACCAAGAAUAGAAUUUGCACAAUAUAAGCUUGAAACCAAAUUCAAAACUGACCCUAAAAAUGGCAUCUUGGCUGAAAGGGAAGAACCCUUCAGAUGCCUAGUUAAGUUCUCUAGUCCACAUCUUUUGGAAGCAUUGAAAUCUUUAGCACCAGCUGGUAUUGCAGAUGCACCGCUUUCAUCACUGCUUACUUGUAUACCCCACAAAGCAAUGAAUUAUUUCACAAUUAGAGAGAAAUAAGUUUUAUUUGGAGUAAACAUAAGUCCCUUGUCUUAUGUUCUAAAACAUUUCAUUUCUCUUAUACAUGUACCUCUCCUGUCUAUGUACUAAUAUUUCAAUAAGAAUCCACUGAGAAAACACCA